AUGCAUGAUAUCCCAGAGCACCAAGGCAGCAGCACAGAGAGUUCGGCAACCAGUUUGGGAAGCUCUGUCACAGCAUGUAAGAAGAUUCUCUGCAGUAACAGUCUGCUAGGAUCAACAGACUACUGGCUGCAGAAUCAGAGGACACCAUGCCAAAUUGGCUUUCUGGAAGACAAGUCAGAAAGCAACUGUGCCUCAGUGUGUUUUGUGAAUUUAGAUGCGAACAGAGAUGAUUGCAGCGAUGAGAAAGUGAAGCAGAGGCUGAUCAGUGUCUCUCCAAAUCUUCCCAAACUCAUCAGCUCGAUGAAUGUUCAGCCACCCAAGGAGAAUGAAAUUGUCCUGCUGAGCGGAUUAACCUCGGGAAACCUUCAGGCUGACUAUGAAGUUCCCCAGUGUCCUUGGCUGGCAGAUGUCUGCCUGGUUCAGUGUGCCAGGGGGGACAGGAAGAACAGCACAAGCUGCAUCAUUUUUGAAAUAAACAAGUUUCUGAUUGGACUUGAGCUCGUUCAGGAGAGACAGCUGCAGACAGACACUCGCAUCUUAAAGCCCGAGGAUGACACAAACUGCUCCGUGUCCUCCAUAGAAGAAGAUUUCCUCACAGCAUCUGAGCACCUUGAGGAUGACAACGAGGCUGAUGAAUGUAAAUCUGGUCAUGAAAAAUUAAGUGUUUCAGAAGCAUCUUUUGAUGUCAAAAAAAAUAAAGGAAAGGGAUUUGAAAGUCUCCACUACAGAAAGGCCAGGCUGCCUUUGAUUCUCGAAAGGAGCUGCAUUCCUAAAGAUACUGCUGCUCCUAGAGUCCCUGAAGCUGUGAACACUGUGGCAGAAGAUGGCAUCUUACAAUCUGAAGAGAAGUCAGACCAGGAAACAGUGUUGCAGAAGGAAUUAGCUGGAAGAGCUACUUCAUCCUUUAGUGCUACUAAUUUGACUAGCGAGGUAAAAAAUUCCUGCUCAGCACACGUGUUAGAAGAUGGAUCUUUAACCAGAAUGGCUAAAGAGGAGCUGGAGCCUCUGUAUGACCCAGCAGUGGAACACAGUGAGAAGACAGACAGGGAGGAUUGUGCAGACAUCAGUAAAAGUGAUCCUCCCUUGCAGAAAGAGCCAGCGACUACAGGUCAGUAUGCCACAAAUUUGGCAGAAUCUGUUCUGCAGGAUGCAUUCAUUAGACUGUCACAGUCUCAGCCCACUUUUAGUGAGGAGGCUGCCGUCAGCAUCUCUGUAGGAAGCUCCUAUAAGUCAGAGGACAUAUCUGCUUCCCGAUCAUGGAAUGAACUUCCCAAGAUCGUCAUUGUGCAAAGUCCAGACAGUUCAGAGAACGUGUCUGACUGGCCAGGGGCUGCCUUCCCCAGCCACUGGGGAGGGCACUGGGCUGAGGCAGAGAGUUCUUCUGAAGUUUUGGAUUACUUUGAGGAAGAACAGUCGAACGGGCAUGGCCACAGUGCUCUGGAAGUGGCUCUAGCUUGUGCAGCCACUGUUAUUGGAACCAUUUCCAGUCCCCAGGCUGCAGAAAGAUUCAGACAGGACCAAGAAGCAACAGACUCCAAAAGUGGAGCAGUUGAUAAUGAAGAGCUGCACACAGCAUCAUCACAGCUACUCAAUGACUGUGCUGGCACAGAAUAUUCAUUUCCAUCUGCACUGUGUGGCAUGACUCAGGUAGCAAGUGCUGUAGCUGUCUGUGGUCUGGGGGAAACAAAGGAAGAGAAGUACCCUGUGACUUCGAGUGGACUGCUAUCUGCAGCUCAGACAUCUGCAGCUGUCACUCUGCACUGCAGCUUAGCUAUAGGAAGCAGCAUGGAGAAGCUGAACAGCAGCAUAGCAAAGGCACUUCUCAAGGAGGCAUCAAUCAUUUUGACAGCACCCAACACAUACAGAAAUGUAGGGCAUUUUAUGGAAUCCAUACAUGGAAAAAUUAUAGAGACAGCAGCGAGGCCACAGAUUCCACACACAGGUGAAGUAAUCAGGGAUGAACUUGCACAAAACUUAUCCAAUAUUAUUCUACGCCAUUCCAUUGAAGAGGUGAGGAAGAGGAGACAGCUAUGCCCCCAUUCAGAAAAUGGCUCAAGUGCGCAAGACUUUUUCAUGGAGACUGCAAACGAGCUGCUUUUUAAUGUGAUAUAUUUCACUUGCAAGAAGAUGAACGACAUAAGGCAGGUUGAAGAGUGUUCUCCUCUUUUCUCCAAAGGGACAAAAGCAGAGAAAGUAACAACACCAGAAGGAUGGUCAACACAGGCCACAGCACAUGAAAUGUCACACAGCCCCCAUGAUCCAUCUGCUGUUGAGCCAUUUGGUACAUCUUACAGCACCAGUGCUAGCAAAGAUCUGGGAAAUGUCAUGAACACCAGGAACAGCAACACAAAAGAUGUGAAUAGAAAGGAAAGUGCCACAUUGAAUUCAGAACCAAUGAGUAGAGCCACAGGGCAUAAUGCACUCAUUGCAAAAACAUCUCCCAAGAGAAGAUACCUGAAAAGAACCACACGAGACUGUUACAAAUCCCCAACCCAGAAUAACAAUAUUUGGAAGGACUACAGGUCAUUUUCAGACAGAGAAAAUAGCUUUGCAAACAAUGGUGUUCAAGAAGAGCUAUCUUCCAGUGCCACUGAGAAUACAGAGAGCCAUGACAAGCACAAGAGCGAGACAGUGCUAAACAAUGACCUCCAGGUUAGCUUGUCACUACUAGGAAAUCACAGCUUGCUUCCCUCCCAGCCUGUGCUGCAGGUGAAGAAUUCAGCAGACAAAUACUGUAUAACAGAUUUUGCAGAAGAAUUGGCAGAAACAGUUGUCUCUAUGGCAACAGAAAUAGCAGCCAUUUGUCUGGAAAAUUCAAAUGGGAAGCAGCCCUGGUUCUGUGCGUGGAAGAGAGGUAAUGAAUAUCUGGUGACCCAGAGUUUAUCAUGCAGGACCAUGAAGCGGAAGAAGGAACCCCAUGCUAAUGGUUCAGUUGUUCGGAAGCACAGAGCACCUCGACUCAGUGAGAUCAAAAGAAAAACAGAUGAGCAUCCUGAGCUAAAGGAGAGACUGAUGAAUCGGGUAGUAGAUGAGUCUAUAAACCUCGAGGACACACCAAAUUCAGUCAAUAUCUUUGCAGAUGAAGUGGCUGCCAAGAUCAUGAACCUCUCUGAGCUUUCUGUGGUUGAUAGCAUCUGGCAGGGUCCAAACCACCCCAGAAACAGACUGCAUUGUGACAGAUGGAGCCGAGCCAAGGCCUCAAGCUGCGAGAGCAUACCAGAGGAGGACUCAGAUUCCAAAACUUCUUUCAAUACCUUAGGCCUAAUGAACACCUUGGGUCACUCUGUGAGCCAGACAAGUUCUGUCUCAAAGCAGUCGAGUUGUGAAAGCAUUACAGAUGAAUUUUCAAGAUUUAUGGUGAACCAGAUGGAAAAUGAAGGAAGAGGGUUUGAUUUAUUAUUGGACUACUAUGCAGGAAAAAAUGCAAACAGCAUCUUAAAUUCUGCUUUGCAACAGGUAGCCAAGAAAAAUGGUCACCUUAAUGUAAGGCCAAGUUGCCCAUCCAAACAGUCCAGCACAGAAAGCAUCACUGAAGAGUUUUAUAGGUAUAUGCUAAGAGAAAUAGAAAAGGAAAAUAAAGAGAACUUAUCUUCCCCUCGGAAUUCAAAGGACUGGUGUGGCAGCUUGCUUCCACCUUCUCUACGAUCACCCUUUUGCUUUAGGCAGUCAUCAGUGCCUGACAGCAGAGUAUCAGGCUCUAGGCUAACAGUGAAUGUCCCAGUGAAGGCAAAUUCAUUAGAUGGAUUUGCCCACCACCACCAGGAUUCUUUAAGCGUGCAGCCGGUCAGUACCGUGGCUUCUGCAGGUCUUUGCAAGUCUGACUCCUGCCUGUACCAAAAGUGCAAGACUGACCAGAUAACGGACAUGUUGAUUCACGAGACAUGGGCAAGUUCUAUUGAAUCUCUCAUGCGCAAGAACAAAAUCAUAGCAGAUGAGGCUGAAGCCGCAGAGACAGAGCAUUUCCACAGUGAAUCCCCACCACAGGUGGAACAAUAUGCAAACAGACUGGCUGCAAAUAUUGUUGAGAGUGGUAAAAGUUUAAUUGUCGUCCAGCAGGAUUCCUUUGACUGUACAAGCCAAGAACACGUGUUGGAAAGCAAACACCCCCAAAGCACAACUCAGAGCCAGUCAAAACCCAGAGGGGAUGGAGGAAAUGUGGAGCAAAAAGAGCCUGUGAAGAGCCCUGGGUGCCUCCCUGUGGGUCAGCACAGGGAAGUGCCUUUAAUUCAGAUAGAAACUGAUCAACGAGAUGAACCGGAAAAAGACUUGGAGUCCUUAACUUCAUGUGUGCCUCCUGGAAACGAGCAUCAAAGCAAAGAAAAGCCUCCAGAAGCUUGUGAUGGGAAACACACAGUUUCCAGAUCCCUGCGAAACAGCAUGGUUGACUUUAACAAGCAGCACUGUCUGGAGACUGGUUUGUUUGCCUGCAUUACAAUGCCAAUGUGCUGUCUUUUUCACCCUACCAGCAGGAGCCCACAGAGCAGAGAUGAUGUUGAAAUCCCAGGAGAGACAAAAGCAGCUGAAGAAUUCCCAAACCACCUCAGCAGCAGUGAGGAGAGCACAGGCAGCUGGUCCCAGCUUGCUAAUGAUGAGGACAAUCCCGACGACACAAGCAGCUACCUACAGCUCAGCGAGCGAUCCCUGAGUGAAUUAGUGGAAGAAAAAGUUUUCCUUACAGAACAGACAGAAAAUACGGAGGAAAGCACUUCUGAGCUUUCAGUGGGCACAGCUAACUGUCAGAAGGACCUGCUAGUGAUAAACUUUGAUAUGGAACCAGACAGCCCUGACGCGGAGCUGCGAGCCACCCUGCAGUGGAUAGCUGCUUCUGAACUUGGAAUCCCAACCAUCUAUUUUAAGAAGUCUCAGGAAAACAGAAUUGAAAAGUUUUUAGAUGUUGUGCAGUUAGUUCAGCAGAAGUCCUGGAAGGUGGGGGAUAUCUUCCAAGCUGUGGUGCAGUACUGCAAGCUCAGCGAGGAAGGCAGACAAAUGACACCCAGCCUGUUCGACUGGCUUCUUGAGCUGGGCUAA